AUGCGGCUUGCUACGCUAUCUGCUUUCGUGGCGCUCGGCGUCCACCUCGCCGAGGCCAAGGUCUACAAUAGCCUUGACGAACUGUUGACUUCCAGGGCCAAGAAAUAUGACUUCGUCAUCGUAGGAGGCGGUGUCGCUGGCUCUGUCUUAGCAAACCGACUCUCCGAGGAUCGUCGGUCCAAUGUCCUCCUUAUUGAAGCUGGACCAAACGACGAAGGCGUCGAGGAACUUAGAGUCCCAGGCUACACCUACAGCGGCAAGAUCAACUCGACCUACUAUUGGGGCUCUGUCUCCACUCCCCAGAAAGGCCUUGGCGGUCGCACCAUCGAGUUCACUCGUGGUCACGUCCUUGGUGGUGGAAGUUCUAUCAAUGGUAUGGUCUACACUCGAGGUUCCCAGGACGAUUACGAUCUCUGGGAACGCGAAUCUGGUGACCCGGGAUGGAGCUGGAAAGCCAUGCUGCCAUAUUUCAAGAAGAACGAGAAAUUCAUUCCCCACACUCACCGGAGCGUCGAAGGGCAGUACGAUCCGACAACUCACGGAUACAGAGGACGUACACUUGUCACUCUCCCCUGGGCAAACUCGACUGAGUUCUAUGACCGCGCUUUGAAGAACAGCAAAAUCCAACCUGAAUUCGCUUACAACAUUGAUGUGAACAAUGGGAAGCCCGUUGGUCUUACCCUUGUUGACUCCUGGAAAGCCUGGCUACAAUCUACUAUUGGUCACGGAGAACGCAGCAGUGCGUCUGUCUCCUACCUGGACCCCAAGACGCGACAGCGCCCCAACCUCGACAUUCUUGUCAACACGUACGCAACCAGAGUUCUCCCAGUCUCUAAUAGCAUUAGCCGGACGCCCGACAUUCGAACUGUCGAGCUCAUCCCCAGACGACGCGGAAACACUCUCCCAAUCGAACAAAUCAGACGCACGACAAUCACAGCUGCCAAGGAACUCAUCCUCUCAGCUGGUGCGAUCGGUUCUUCCCACCUCCUUUUGAACUCUGGUAUCGGAGACAGGAAGGACUUGGAUGAAGUGGGAGUGAAGACAAUUCACCAUCUCCCCGAUGUCGGCAAGGACCUGUCGGAGCAUAUGACUGUGGCAUUGAGCUGGAACGCAACAGGGGCUAUCCCGCCUCCAGUCGACCCCGACGCUGCUUACGAAGAAUGGAAGAAACACAGGACUGGCCCUCUGGUGGAUUUGGUUGGACAGCAAGUCCUAUGGGCUCGACUCCCCUCCGAUUCUCCGAUCUUUAAACAAUACAAGGACCCUGCUUCAGGUCCCACCUCACCUCAUGUUGAACUUACCCUUUCGGGAAGUGGCGCUGGUGUCGGCGCAUUCAUCGUUCUCCUUACCCCCCAUUCUCGUGGCACGAUCAAAAUCCGAUCGAAUAACCCGACUGAGGAACCCCUCAUCGAUCUUGGUUUCCUCACGCACCCCUUCGACAUACUCGCCUUCAAGGAGUCCAUCCGCCUCGCCAAGCGAUUCUACAGUGGGCCGGCUUGGGAAGGCUACAUCACUGGAUUCAACGGCCCAGAUCCCGACACUCUCUCCGACGAAGAGUUCUUGAAGAGGGUGCAAGAGAGCACUGGAUCAUUCUACCACCCGGCUGGCGUGACUAAGAUCUCGCCCAAGGGAUCGAAGAAGGGUGUGUUGGACCCCGACCUGAGGGUGAAGGGAGUUAAGGGGUUGCGAGUUGUAGAUGCGGGUAUCAUUCCCUAUGUGCCCACGUCACACACCCAAGCUUCAGUCUAUGUUAUUGCGGAACGCGCAUCGGAUCUCAUCAAGGCGUCGUGGUAG